CUUUAGUGUCUUGUGUUGGUCGCAGUGGUUAGCAAGGUGCUGCAAGGAUCACUGGGAACCAUUUAGGGACCAACAUGUACCCCAACGGAAUUAAUUGUUAAUUUACACAGCAAAUUAAAUAAUAAAUAAGAACAAAAAAAUAAAAUACAAUUGUGAUAUUCAGUGGGGCAAAAAUUAAUUUUCAUUUCUUGUUUGUUGAUACAUUUGGUUUGAAGUGAAGUGAUCGAUUUUUGGAAACAGAUUCCCAAGAAAAAGGCUUAUAUUGGUCAAAAAAAUCAUAGGAUAAAAUCUCAAGAUGAUAUCAACAGUGAAAGAAAAAUUGGAACCCCUUUACAAGUCGUACGUUCUAGCCAUUGUAGCCAUAGGCUACGUCUUAGGAGAAUUAGGACACUAUUUAAUAGGGGUGACGUCCAAAGCAAUAGCCUUAGAUCUACACUAUGGAGACAUAGCAUGCCAAUUAAACACCACAGAGUAUUUUUUGUCGGAACUGCCAGACCUUUGUCAUACAGCAAACAAUUCAGAAACAUGCCUAUCGUUCAAUGUAAAUGGGACUUCCUAUUGUGAAUGGACGUACAACGGUUUGGGCAUUGAUUACCAGGUACUAGCAGGACCAUGCUUCAUAGCGGUCUUCACCGUGGUAGGGGUGGCAUUCGGGUUUUUGGCAGACAGAUAUCACAGGGUUAGGAUGUUGGCGGGGUGCACUUUGGUAUUUGGAAUUGCCAUUAUAUUGUGCGGGGCCGUGAAAGAAUUUUGGCAGUUGGUAUUGCUGAGAAUGAUCAUGGCGGCAGGAGAGUCAGGGUGCAAUCCGUUGGCUACAGGGAUCCUCUCUGACAUAUUUCCCGAAAAGCAGAGGGCGCUGGUUAUGGCCAUUUUCAAUUGGGGAAUCUACGGGGGUUACGGCAUAGCCUUUCCCGUUGGACGAUAUAUACCACCCUUAAAUCUAUUCGAUGCAGGUUGGAGAGUGGCAUACUACGGGGCGGGUGUUAUAGCCAUUGUGUUCUCUGCUCUAACGUUAACCCUUAGGGAACCUGAAAGGCGUCAAAUAACAACUGACACAACCAACGAAGACAAAGAAGCAAAGAAACUGAAGAUUAAAGAUAUCAUUUCUGAUCCCAGAUUGAUUAUGUUGGGCCUUGCUGCUUCAAUCCGCCACUGUGGUGGAAUGUGUUUUGCGUACAAUUGCGAUCUUUACUAUCAAACAUAUUUCCCCGAUUACGACCUCGGUUGGUGGCUGUUCGCAAUGACCAUAAUUAUUGGAAGCAUCGGGGUGGUAGCAGGGGGAGUUUUCUCUGACAAAAUAGUGGCUAAAAUGGGUGUCAGAUCACGACUGGCAGUUUUGGCCGUCAGUCAAAUUAUUGCAACCCCUUUCGCAUUCGGAAGCGUCUACUGCGAACCAAUUGGUGCUAUGGUAACUUUGGGAAUAUCAUAUUUCUUUGCUGAAAUGUGGUUCGGUAUCCUGUUUGCCAUCGUGGUUGAAGUGGUACCGCUCCAUCUUAGAUCAACAACCAUUGGUCUUUUCCUGUUCGUCAUCAACAACAUUGGAGGAAAUUUACCCAUUGCUGUGGACCCAGUUUCCAAAGACAUCGGCUACAGGGAAAGCCUUUACGUAUUUUACGUUGGAGCAUACGGUCUUAGUGCCUUCAUGUUUCUUGGAACAAUGUUCCUGAUGGAGGGUCCCAAGAAGGUCCCCGAAGUCAAAGAUUUGGGCCACGACAACAGGAUAUUCACCACAAUGGACGAAAAUCAGAUACCAACCUUUCCGUUGGGAGAACGUAAAAAGUUAUCCAAUGCUUCAACCAUUCCCAUGGACAAUCACAGCAGGCUUUAGUUAAUUAAUUAAUUAAUUGUUAUUAUAUGUAUAUUGUUGUCACUUCAUUUUAAUUGUAAGCGUUCUCGGAAAAUAAUCAUUUGUUUCAAAUUUUAUUGAAACGAAUUCUAACAAAUGUAAAUAUAAUGUUUACGUA